GACAUGCACAUGCUGAAGAUCCUCAUCCUGUGAGCAAAAGUAGACCACACGCACACAUUCUUGAGACACGACCAAAGGGAGGCCCAAGGGGUCGAGGUGAAGGAGAAGCGAUGGAUUAUAGUAGCGGUCCUUUAGUUAUGGAGCAAGGAUUCGAUCCCAGAGAGUCCUCUGAAGAUGGUGAAGCAGGUCAACAACCUAGUAUGGAGGUUCGCGGCCAUCCGUCACUACCUGGCGCAGGGGCUGCUGUCAAACAAGUUGUUGCGAAGAGGAAGAAUCCCAUCAAAAUCGAGCCUCCGGAGAUUCCUCCUUCAGCAGAGGAGGUGCAAACGACUCAGAUAUUCGCGCAAAGCGCUAUGGAGUUGCUUGGCCGGUUAAAUCGCGUUUUGUUCACGGAAAGGUUUGCCCAAGAGGACACAGUCGCUGCUUUUCGGCCUCUGAUCGGCGCACUAGAGAGCAUUCGCAGACACGAAGCGCGCGACGAAGCCAGAGAGCGCGGUUAUCAGACUCUGGAUCGGAUGCUAAGAGAAGCGCAAAGAGGCAUCAGUGCACAGCUUGGCGCCAGUGCGGCAAUGGCAAAUCUGCAAAGGACUCAUCCUAGCACAGUACAAAAGAGGAUCGCGGAACGAGGGAUCCACAGAACGAAGGCUUUGGAGAGAAUCGUACAGCAGUCGGUAGAAGAUGCAAAAAACACAGUAGAAGCGCAAAAACAUGCUUUGGAGAAGCAGAGACAUGAGAAAGUUGAGAAGAGGUGGGCAGCGCUAAAUCGUGAUGAUGUGCCGAAUUCUAGGGAUGGUACUAGAGGAGGGAACAAUGAUAUGGAUCUGGUUAGCGAAGACGUGGUGAAUGAAAUCGAACAAAGGCCCUAUGAUUUCAGGAUGAACGAAGAUGAAGGCGAAGAUAUGGGUGAGGGUGAAGAUUUUUACCAAGGGGAAGACGACUAUGCUGGAGAAAAUUUCGAUGAUGGAAACGCGAACGCCUUUCUCCAACAACGCGCAACUCCAUCAAAUUUCCUCCCCACAACCCGUGGAAAAUUCGCUGCUCCUGAGGGACAAGCGCAAGCUUUCGGUACUAGACGUUCAGGUGCUAUGUCCCAAAGAGCCUUUGGGGGAAAUAUGGACGGGCCUCAAACGGCUCUCCAAAAGCAGCAAAUGCUGUACCAACAACAAAGAAUGGCACCAGGGAAUCGCGUGCAGUUGUAUUAUACAGAGGAGAAACAGACUCAGACGAGAAAGCCUGCUGUCAGUGUCAAGAGGACUACUCGUGGUGGAUCAACUAGUACGUCUAAGGACGGCACUUCACAGAGUUGUAGUCGAAAAGAAUCCAGCAGUAAGAAUACGAAGCCCAAGCCAUCUUCCAGAAAAAGAACUCCUCUAGCGCCAUCUUCCAGAAAAGACGUGAAAGAAAAACGCGACAUUGAACCAGCAGAAGAAACUCAUGCUGAUGAUCUUGAAGAUGCUGCUGAGGAUCUUGAAGAUGCUGCUGUGGAUCUUGACGACAUGGUAGUUCUAAAAGAUUCAACCAAAGUAACUCCUGUAGAAGGAGGAAGAGGAGUCACUUUUUCCAGCGCUUUGCGUUCCGUACAAGAAUGGUUUACGUUUAGUGGGACAGAAGAAGAAUCGACUUCGACGGUGGACGCUGAUGCAGUCGCACAACGACCAGCAGACUUCGAGACUACAUCUUCAUCUCCAAAGUUGUACUAUUCGAUAGACAUAGGCGACGAGAACAACGAAAAGGAAAAAUCUGCGGCCCGACUCGAAAGGAAAAAGCUUCUGUACAAAUACUAUGCACGAAAGAUUCGAAAAGCUAAGAACAAUGUCGUGGAGCAGCGUGUCGUGGAUGCUGCAAGAGAUUGUCGACCAGAGCAGUCAAUGGCUUGCAUAGAUCAGCUUUCCUCUGUGCUUGAUUUAUGCUAUGACAAGGAGCUCGCAGGUGCUGUCGUGGAUAAGCAAAAUGAGUCGUCUGCAGAUGAAAGCGAGCAAAGUUUGGGCAUAAGUUCGCAUGUUCAGAUUCUUGAAUAAUCGAUGACGAUGAUGUAACAGAAGCUCUUCUUCUCCC